AUGUCGGAGCUAAGUUCAGGUAUGCGGCCAAUGCCACCGUCCAGGGUCGACCGAGGGAAGAUGAACUCAAAGUGUUACGGUACGGCACGCCAAGACCUUCUGCUGUUGCUUCUGCUCGGUUCGCUGAUCCUCAAUGAGUACGAUAAACAUCACCGGCCGCUUCCGGCCACUCACAGCUGGAGCUCUCACUGGCCUUGCGUUUCCUUUUCUCCCGUCCUCACCGACCGUCAGCCACGGAAGUCGAGGUUAUUAGGUGAUUACUGGUCGUUUCUCGACUCGCCGGAAGAGGUCGCGUGCGGCUGGAAGGACAUGACAGUCCAAGUGGAGAAUGACUUGAACAUGUCACUGCCGCUGUUCCUCGUGCAAAUUCUCAAUAGUUUCCUUACAUUUCAAUGUAGAACUGCUGUUGUUGCAGGACUCUGGGCGGUGAUGAACACGGCUGGGGUGUGCUACAAGGGGCGGCUGGAGCAGCAGGACAGUUGCCAGUGGGAUGCCAUGCUCAAGGUGAACGUGGUGGGCACACUCAGGACUGCCCGGGCAUUCCUUACGCUGCUCAGGAACAAGCAAGGUCGACUGAUCAACAUAGGGACAGGAGGUAAUGAGGGGGGAGGGGCGGCAGGGCUGGUGGCUUACAGUGCAGCAAGGCAGGCGGUGGCGGGAGCGGCAGCUGCCCUGAGGGUGGAGCUGGGGCCCCUAGGGGUGCGGGUCAUCACCCUGGACACUGACAUCCCCGCCAGCGAGAGACUCUUCCUCAGGCCGAGGCUGCCACCCAGUGACAACGGAAGUACGGAGCGGUACCUGAAGUGCUGUGUACAGGCAGUAUCCAACCACAGCCUGAGUGUAGUGGAGGAAGCCUUGCUGUCACCCACCCCUAAGCCUGCCUACAGCCUCGCACCCCCUGGCGGCAUAUCCAACUACGUGUCAGCUAUCACCGAGCGCUUUGUCUCUGGCCAGUGUAAGAAGAGGACUCAAGACAUCGUCCCUUAACAUCCACUGAUCCUUAACUCAUUUUGGUCUACUUCAUAAGAAAUCGUGUUACAAAAUUAAGAUGAUAUUAUUUUAAGUUCAAUUAACUCGGAUGUACCUGUUUUUAUUGACUUUCUCAAUAUGCCUCCUUUACUAAUAUUUUAUCACAAAUCACAGAAUGAAAGCAGUCAAAAUACCCAACUGUAGGAUAUUUGUUUUCAUUUUUAAAUAUUCUGUUUUUUCCCAGUUUAGUACUACGGUUUUACCAUUAAAUAAAUUUCUUUGUGCACAGAUUCUGAUCAAACUCAGUAUUAAGAACUAAAACGUACAAGAUUUACUGUCGUUGGUUAUUUCCAUAUAACAACCACAACAAGGAAGUAGCCAGCGAGGGGUCCAAGAAAUCUGGAAACCCCCCAAACAUUUUAGUUAGUUUUUUCAGUUACUUUUUUAGUAAACGAUUAUUAUUAUUUAAAUAAUACAGUAUUACUGACAUGUACUACUGAAAGAUCGUUUUCAACAAAGAAAGGGGUCAAGAACUUUUUAAAGAACAAAAUGGGACCUUAUUCUCUGUCCACUACAGAAAAAUAUCAGUUGUCUGGACCUCCCAAAAAAAUUUUUUCCUGGCUACAUUCUUGAACCACGAAUUAAUGUUUUAUAGAAUGAAACAGAACAUAUAAUAAAUGUACGUUAAACUUUCAUGUUUGAUUGUUUUUAAUGUUUCUGUUUGUUAGGAAGUGUAGUUGAUUUACUACUAAUGUAGUUGAUUAUAAUACUGUUCAUAUUUUGAAAUAGUAGACCUACAUAUUGUCAUAUUUUACUAUUAUUUGUGAAGUAUGAAGUCAAAUAUUGAACAUAAAGUUAUACUCUUCAAAACAUUAUUUUCCAAACUUGUGCUAUUUCAUCUAAUUUUAAGCUGAUUUUAUUAUGGUUUCAAUACUUCAAAAGACGACUAAAAGACUAAUUGUGGUGCUUUAUGAAUAUCAAUGUAAUUUAAUUUUCAUGUUGUUACUACUAUAUGUUAUUUGCCAGCCAAGUGAACUUCGAUAAGCAAAGGUUGUUCCUUAAAGUCUGCCAUAUCAGCCAAAUUUCAAGUAAAUUUACUCAUCUAAUUUUCUUGUAAUUGGUCAAUACUGUUAGGACUGGCAUGAAGAAAGUUUUGUUUCACAAAAGAAAAUACAAACAAUGAAUGUAGAUGUUGUGUUUCAACCUCAUGUGUAGCAACUUCUUAAACACACACAUAUACACACAUCCAUGAAAAUGUUCAUGCAUCAUAUGUAAUAAAUUUUGUCUCAGAAAAAGACAUUACAAAAUGUUAAACUCUAUCAAACUACCACAUUAUAUUUUGUGCCAAUGUUUUGAGAAAUGAUGAUGUUUCUUAAAAAAUAAACAAUUCAGUGUAAAUAGCUAUACUGUACUUUACUAAUGCAAGAUGCAUUUAUAUUUUUGCAUGUAUAUAAUUAAUUUCUGAAACUAUUGUAAUCAAUGUUUUGUAUAUAUUAUAUUAACUACUACGUACUAUUAUUUUUAAUGCUAACCAUGUAAUUUGUGAAAUUGUAAAGCCAUACAAACUUAUAUGGAAAUAUAGAAUAAUUGUAUAUACA